AUGAAUGUUGCUGUCUUAAGUGUCCUUCCUUUUACUUCCCCUCAGGUGGAGCAGUACUGUAAGGAUAACUCUGUGGUCAUCGCAGGCUACUAUCAAGCCAAUGAAUACAUCCGUGACUCUAGUCCAGACUUUGUUGCUCAUCGAAUAGCGGAGAAGAUUUAUGAGCACUUUUCAGAUGCCUGUCUGAUCAUGGUGGACAAUCAAAAAAUGUCACUAGACUGUGAUGACGUUGCAUUCCAACUCUAUCAAUUUAGUGACAACAAAUGGAAACUAAAAGACAAAAAUAGCGUCCACUUUGAACAGGGCCACAAAGCAUUGAGUGCAACAGCUGCCCUCCUUCACUCCAAAAUGUACCGUAAGCUGAAUGACUUCGACAACCAUUUGGAUGACAUCUCGCUAGACUGGAGCAACCAAGUGGUUAAUGAGGAGAUUGACCGAUGCCUCUAGCACAGCAGAGGGAACAUCCCUGCCAUCACACACACUAUGCAAUACCGUCAAUAAACGACAUGCCCCAUUCCGAAAUAAAUAUGCAAUGUUUCUUUUGUAAAUACGUUGUGUACAUUUGUUUGAGGUAUUAAAUCUCGCCUUCUAUUUAUAGUG